AUGAGUGAGUUGAGUAGUAGCUUCAAGUACCUUUUUCGGUUUCGAACAUUCGCACGAAUUUCUCUCUCACUCUCACUCUCUCUCUUCAAUUCAACAUUUCGAGGGAUCGGCUGGUUCGGGAUUGCUUUGGUCGAUGAGCGAGCUGAGCAUGACAUGGAUCAUGAUGAAUAUUUGCGGAAGUGUUCCAAUAUGAAAUGCCAAAGGGUUCAGGUGGAUGAAUCAUAUGCACCUUCUCUUCAAGAUGAAGUAGUGGAAGUUGAGCAUAUGCUUGCAGAGCCUAGAAAUGAUCUUGCUUCUCAGGAUGGUAGUUUGAAUUCUCAUACAACUUUGAAUGGCAAGGAUGAUUUGGAACUGGAGGUCCUUGAUGGAUUGCUAGAUGAUGUUGAAAUCGAUGAUCUUGAAGGAGUUGAUGUUUUCCCCAGUGCAUGUGAAGAAUAUUUUUUGGAUUUUGAAUUUGCUGACAAAUUUGAGGAGGUACUAGGUUCUGGUCCUUUUGAAGGUUCACUCUUGCAAAACUCAAGUUCAGAAAGUCAUUCUUCAGGACUAAGCGGAAGUAGCAUUGUUGGUGGGGUAUUAGAAUCAACAAAAGUACCUAUAGCACACUCUGAAUGCAAAAAUGAUUCUCUAGAUGAGACGGUAACGUAUGAGUCACAUGGUGCCUUCAGCAACAAUCUAAGUCAACCAUCAAAAGUAAAUUGCAGGUACGACAUUUCACUUGAUACACAACAUCUGCAAGAGUUGGAUACCAAGCGUCAUUUAGCUGGUGGUAUACUGACUUGUAAAAAGGAAAAGGGUCCUGUUGGAAAAGGCCAACCUGCUGCACUUAGAGAGAAAAGAUUCCGCAAGCCUACUCAGAGGUAUAUUGAAGAAUUUUCAAAUGCGAGGACAAAGGAAAAGAGUCCUAGCGAGAAGUCUAGCUAUGAAAAUAGUGAGGUGAUGAUUCCUGAGUUGCAAGUUCGCAAAGGGCGACUGAAGAAAGAGAAACUUGAGUAUGUCAAUGAAUCAUCUCCCUCGGAAUCAGAAGAUGGAUGUUCGACAACAAAAAGUUCUAGAAGAAAAGAUAGAAGAAAGCAUCAGAAGAUGUGGACUCUCCCUGAAGUGUUGAAGUUGGUUGAAGGCAUAUCUGAAUAUGGAGUUGGUCAUUGGACUGAUAUUAAGAGGUUUUUGUUUUCUUCUUCAAGCUACCGAACUCCCAUAGAUCUCAGGGACAAGUGGCGAAACCUUUUGAGAGCCAGUUCUGCACAGAAAAACAAGAAAGGAGGGGGUGAGCAAAAUGACGAGUUUGCCCUGCGUCCCUUACCAUUUAAUGUGGUAGAUCGUGUGCGAGAAUUGGCUAAAAUUCACCCAUACCCAAGGCAACGUGGGUCAAAGAAGUUGCGCGUUAGCCAAGCUGGAUCUUCUGUCGUUUCAGAUUCUCCUCCCGUUAGUCCAAGCCAAAGAAAUGAAUUUGCUUCCCAGAAGGAAGCAUGGAGAGAUGAUAAAUUAAGGGGUGAUGAAAUGGGGCAGUUACGGAGAAGUGGGAAACACAAUGAUAAUGUGACAGCUCAGGAGAACAGAGGAACGCACGUGAAAGGGAAGCAAGCAAAGCGUGUCUAA